UUCUCUUUUUGAUAUGUAUUUUUCUACGAGUGAUUAGAAUAUAAUGUCAAAAAUGGCUAAAUAAAGCCAUAAAAUAAAAAUAGCCAAAAUGCCGAGAGCCAAAUCUAGCUACAAAAUAUCUGACAUGUCCCACACUAUGGCAGAUUAAGUUCAUUUUUUUUGCCGUUUCGUUUAGUUUACAUUUUGCUUGUUUAUUUGCGAUCAAUCGCUCAUUCCGCUCGGAUCGCCUGCCCCGCCCCCCGCCUCCCACCCCCAAUGGACACCCGGAUGAUGUGCACCUGCAAGGAAAACCAGGAGAGGAGCCACCGCCUGCUGCAGUUCACAAACUGCCGCCUAGUUCGAGGCCACCGGCUCAUUCACGACGACUUGUGGGUGCGUGACGGCCGAAUAGUGAAUCCGGAGCCCGUCUUCUUCGAUGAACAGGCCAAGGCCCACUGUCGGAUCGACUGCGGAGGCGCCAUCGUCGCCCCCGGCUACAUCGACCUCCAGAUCAACGGUGGCUAUGGAGUGGACUUCUCUUACGACACCGACACAAUCGAGGAGGGCGUGACCACGGUGGCUCGCGGUCUGGUCAAAAGCGGGGUCACCUCCUUCUGUCCCACGCUGGUGACCUCGCCCAGCGACAGCUACCAUACAAUAUUGCCACGCAUUCCCACAGAUGUCCCAAAGGGUGCUGGAAUCCUGGGCAUCCAUGCCGAGGGUCCUUUCAUCAAUCCGCAGAAGAAGGGUGCGCAUCCGGAGAACUGCAUACAGACUAUUGAUAAGGGACUGACCACGCUGGAGGGCACGUACGGAUCCUUGGAGCGCAUCAAGAUCAUCACCCUGGCACCGGAGAAGGUCACUGACCCGGAGGUGAUUGGCCAGCUGGUGGACCGGGGGAUCACAGUGUCCCUGGGCCACUCGAUGGCCUCGCUGAGCGAUGGAGAGCGUGCCGUGCAGCAGGGCGCCACGCUGAUCACGCAUUUGUUCAACGCCAUGCUGCCGUUCCACCACCGCGACCCUGGCCUGGUGGGACUGCUCGCCUCGGACGCAGUGCCUCACGGAAGGACCGUGUACUUUGGCAUCAUCUCGGACGGAGUGCACACGCAUCCGGCUGCCCUGCGGAUCGCCUACCGCACGCAUCCGCAAGGCCUGAUCCUGGUCACGGACGCCAUCUCGGCCUUGGGGCUGGAGGAGGGUGUGCACCACAUAGGACAGCUGCCCCUGCAGGUUAAACAGGGUAAGGCAUUUAUCGCGGGCACGGAAACCCUAUGCGGCAGCAUCGCACCCAUGGACGAGUGCGUGCGGAUCUUCCAGAAGGCCACAGAUUGCUCCGUUGUCUACGCCAUUGAAGCGGCCACCUUGCAUCCCGCACAGUGCCUGAAAAUCGAAAAGCAGAAGGGAACAUUGGACUUUGGUUCCGAUGCGGACUUUGUUCUCCUGGACGACAAUCUCCGGGUGCUAUCCACCUGGAUAGCAGGGACAUGUGUUUAUCAGACUGUCAAGUAGUACAUCAAAUGUACAACUCGCAAAAAUAUUAUUUUUUUUUUUUAAGGAUGUAUUUUAUACCCAAGUUUCUCCAAAUAAAUUGUUAAAUUUAUACAUUCCAUAAAUGGAAAAAGUCAGUUUAACAUCAUUAAUUAUUAACAGUAGUAGCUGAAGCAUAUUUCAGCAUAAUUAAUGAAAAAAUAAUUUUCUUUUUGGAAAGUCCGAUCAUGUUGAUAAUGAAUUCACUUCAUGGCUAUAUAUACUAUUGUAAAGGAUGAACCGCAUCUACAAAAAUAAAAGGUAUAUGUACUGACUAA